AUGGGGAAAGGGCCGAGACAUUCCAUACACCAAGCUUGGGACUUGGACCAUUCUAUAGGAACUCAGUAUAGUGCCAACCCACCAGUUACAGUUGAUGUACCAAUGAAAGAUAUGACAUCUGGCUUGAUGGGGCAUAGCCAGCUGACAACCAUUGAUCAGUCAGAACUCAGUUCUCAGCUUGGUUUGAGUUUAGGAGGAGGCACCAUCCUGCCUCCUGCACAGUCACCUGAAGAUCGUCUUUCAACCACCCCUUCACCUACAAGCUCACUUCAUGAGGAUGGUGUUGAGGAGUUCCGGAGGCAGCUUCCCAGCCAGAAGACAGUUGUGAUAGAAUAAAGGAAAAAGCAGAAGGCCCCAAAGAAGAGAAAAAAGAAAGAUCCUAAUGAACCUCAGAAGCCAGUUUCAACUUAUGCUUUAUUCUUUCGUGAUACUCAGGUUGCCAUCAAGGGACAGAAUCCCAAUGCCACUUUUGGGGAGGUUUCAAAAAUUGUGGCUUUCAUGUGGGACAGUUUUGGCGAAGAGCAAAAACAGGUGUAUAAGAGGAAAACUGAAGCUGCUAAGAAGGUAUAUCUGAAGGCUCUGGCAGCUUAUAAAGAAGAGUGUCAGGCCACUGUGGAGACAGUGGAAUUGGAUCCAGUGCCAUCAUCACAGACUCCUUCUCCACCGCCUAUGGCUACUGUUGACCCAGCAUCUCCAGCACCAGCCUCAACAGAGCCCCCUGCCCUGUCACCCUCCAUUGUUGUCAAUUCUACUCUUUCAUCCUAUGUGGCCAGCCAAGCCUCUCCUGGGCCUGGGGGUCAGCCCAAUAUCACCAAAUUAAUUAUUACCAAACAGAUGUUGCCUUCUUCUAUUACCAUUUCUCAAGGAGGGAUGGUGACCAUUAUCCCAGCUACAGUGGUAACCUCCCAUGGCCUUCAACUAGGCCAAACCAGUACAGCCACUAUCCAGCCCAGUCAACAAGCUCAGAUUGUUACUUGGUCAGUUUUGCAAGCAGCAGCAGCAGCAGCAGCAGCAGCAGCAGCAGCAGCAGCAGCAGCAGCAGCAGCGGCUACUUCUAUGCAACUGCCUCCACCCCGACUACAACCCCCUCCAUUGCAACAGAUGCCUCAACCUCCAGCUCAGCCACAAGUGACCAUCCUGCAACAGCCUCCUCCACUUCAGGCCAUGCAACAGCCCCCACCUCAGAAAGCUCGAAAAAAUUUACAGCAGCAGCCUCCUCCUCUGCAGAUCAAGUUUGUGCCUCCACCUACUCUAAAAAUGCAGACUACUUUAGUCCCUGGCUGUGGAAACAGUCCUGAGCGGCCUUUGAAUAGCAGCCCUGAGUUCCAUACAGUGGAAGCAACCACUUCUGAGACAAUCUGUGAGAAGAUCACUGAUGUAGUUCCAGAGGUUGAGUCUCCUUCUCAAAUGGAUGUCGAAUUGGUGAGUGGGUCCCCUGUGAUGCUCUCACCCCAACCUCGAUGUGUGAGGUCUGGUUGUGAAAACCCUCCUGUUGUGAGUAAGGACUGGGACAAUGAGUACUGCAGCAAUGAAUGUGUGGUGAAGUACUGCAGGGAUGUUUUCUUGGCCUGGGUAGCCUCUAGAAUUUCAAACCCGGUGGUGUUUGUGAAAUAGUCCUUCCUUUUCUGCAAGCUAGUGAAGACUUGUCUACCAGGAACAUGUCCAAGAGCCCGUUUUUAAUCACAAACUGGGUUUCUGGUAGUGCCUGAUCUCAACCCAUGAUUGGUCCUUUAUGCUUCUUCCUAUCAUCUUUCAACUGAAGCAAUCGAUGGAGCAGGGCCAUCUGAGUUUGCUGUAAUCUAGAACUAUUUUCAUUUUCAAGUACAGAGAUACCAGUGACUAAAAUAGGAAAAGGGGAGAAGGUAAUAUGAACAAACAGAUUAUAGAGAUAGUAGAAGUGGUGGUAGAAGCAAAGGUGGGGGGAUUGAAGAAAUUUGUUGCUAUAAUUGACAUAUCUAAAAAAUUAUUAAAAUAAUGGAGAAUAUUCAGCUUUGA